AGGGUUGUUCUGGUUGUGGAAAAUGUGACUGCAGUGGAGUGAAAGGGCAAAAAGGUGAAAGAGGCUUGCCAGGAUUACAGGGUGUGAUUGGGUUUCCUGGAAUGCAAGGACCUGAAGGUCCCCCUGGGCCACCAGGGCUUAAGGGUGAUACUGGAGAACCAGGACUGCCAGGAACAAAAGGAACAAGAGGCCCACCGGGAUCAUCAGGAUAUCCAGGAAACCCAGGACUUCCUGGUAUUCCUGGACAAGAUGGCCCUCCAGGUCCACCUGGCAUUCCAGGAUGUAAUGGCACAAAGGGUGAAAGAGGUCCAGUUGGCCCUCCAGGUUUACCAGGAUUGACUGGAAGCAUAGGACCCCCAGGACCUCCUGGAAUGAAGGGAGAUCCAGGUGAAGUUAUUGGUCUUUUACCUCCUAGUGUGCUAAAAGGCGAUAAAGGCUUCCCUGGUCAACCUGGGCUACCUGGUCCACCUGGAGCCCCAGGAUUUCAAGGGCCAAUGGGGCCGCCAGGGCUUCCAGGAGAGCCAGGUCCUCCAGGGCCACCAGGACCCCCAGGUGAGAAGGGCUACAUGGGCUUGGGAUUUCAGGGUCCCAAAGGUGAAAAG